AUGAUUGAAAAUACUAACAAAUCAAAUUCACAAAUUGUACGUGUUUGUACAUUUAAUUUACGUCGUGGUGAUCUCGAUACUGGCACGCCAAAUGAAUGGGACAAAAGACGACCCAUCGCCAAGAUAUGUAUCGAACACAUACAACCAACUCUUAUUGCAACACAAGAGGGUUACCCGGCACAGCUUAAAGAUGUUCUUGAUGAUUUGAACGAAUCUUCAAAAUCUUGGUCAUGGGUAGGCGAAGAAAUUGAAGAUUGGCAUACAAUCAAUGCUAUAUUCUAUCGUCACGAUCUAUUUUCACUUGUUGCAACGAAAACCUUUUGGUUCAAUGAUCAUCCACUAACUAUUGGGGCUGCAUGGGGUGCAAAACAUUCACGUGGUUGUACUUGUGCUCAUUUUGAACAUCUAACAACAAAAGCGUCAUUUAUUAUCUAUAAUGCUCAUCUUGAUUUCCCGUCUCAACAAGCUCGUUGUCACUCGAUACCUAUUCUUCUAUCACAAAUAAAAGAAAAUAAUGAUCAUAUUGAUAAUGUUAUUGUCACUGGAAAUUUUAAUAAUUGGCCAGAGGAAGUCGAAGGUGAAACACCUGCUGAUGAGCUGACUCUAUUGGGACAAAAAGCAUCUGAAAUUGAACAGAUGAAAGAAGCCGGCUUUGUUGAUACAGAUCAAUAUGGUGUAACAUCAACAUAUAACGGAUUUCGAAAAGCUGGUUAUGGUCCCAAGAUUGAUUUUAUUUGGAUAUCAUCGAAUAGUGUUUAUCGUGUCGAAGGUGAAACCAAAGUUGAUGAUUAUCAUGAUGAAAAUGGAUUUUUUCCAUCGGACCAUUUUCCUGUUUAUGCAGAUUUAGUUUAUGCAGCAUAG